GUGAUUGAAUGAAAUUGAAAUUAUAAUAUUUAUACUCACAGUAGUCCUGAGUAAUGAUCCUCAUGCAUAACUACAGAAAUUGCAUGUUUUGUGGACUAGCCUGUGGUCAGUGAGAGAUCAUCAGUCUUUUGUUCAUUCUCUUUCUUGGUUUCUCCAUAGGUAGGAGGAACUUCUUUGGUUUUUGCUUCCCUUUUAGAUUGGAUUAAGAAUUUUAGUUCUCUAUUUUUGCAUGGAAAUUACUUCCCUAGUGCUUUUGGUCUCAACAGGUCUCAAGUAGGCACAUCAUUUCCUAAAGAUUAGGACCUGCCACUGAGAGUCUUUCAUCUAAAGAGAUUUCCUCAAAUUACUGGCUUGCUUGCAUCUAAAUUUAAUGCUUGGGACAACUUAGUGAAGUGUCAUUUAAUUAUUGAGCCUCACUCGUCAUUCUAAGUCCAACAAAAGCCAAUUUAAGAGUCGUGGUUUCCAGAUCAACUUUGCAUAGUAAAUGUGGUUCUCCUCAACGGCUGACUGCAUCUAUAGCUACCAAGAAACCAUCUGAAUUUCUGCUUACUUGAAUAAUGGAAUUUUUUAAAAUUUGAUCUUGUUGAUUGUAUAUUUUUGAGAUCCUUUUGUUUCAAGUUUUCUUUAUUUUUCUCUAUUUUCUGCUUCCUCAGUUUUAUUAUCUUUUGUCUAAUAUGAUCAUAAGUUAUUUAUAUCCUUAUUUUUUAUAUGGCCCACAUGCCCAUGCUAUGAUUUUUUAGUGUUUGACAUGUUAGGCACCCCUUAACACUUGAAGAUUUAGCACCCAUGGCGUGUGCCCAAGUACUGUAACACCACAGAUGGUGGCAGUUUCCUUAAUAAGUUUUCUGUGGAGCCAGUUUUUUGUUUAGUUUGGUUAGUUAUAAAUUGCUGUCCGUCUUUUAUAUCCUAUAGAGGUUUUAUUAAAUCUCUGCUCUCCUUUUCUAGCAUUUCAGGAUUUAGACAGUUCAGAUAACACAAUGCAAAAUUUAUGGUAUCAGAGCGUUAGUAAAUGGCAAUUAUCAUGUGUUCAUGGGUUGAUGCAUGCUUUGUAUCAAAUUCUUGUUUGAAGUUUGGGUGCCCAUUUUACUGGCCUUGCAAUGUAAGGGACAAUGCAGAAUGAAGGAUAUAGGAAGGGCACAAUUUUUGAGACGCAUUGGAGGACUGGAGUCUCAAUUGCUAGUUUUGUAAUCAUAGUAGUGAUUUUGGGUACCUUAUGGAGAGCAAUCCCAUGUUGUGUCUUAGCAGAUAUCUUUUGGAUUUAUUUCACAAGUCUAUUUGCAGUUUUUCAGCUGCUUUACUUCUCCGUUGUCAAUUUUGAUGGCCUUGAAGUGGUUUUAAAUGACAAAGGGAGUGAAUAUGGUGUCAAGCAGGGAUGCUUGGAUGUUCUGUUCUUGGAAUAGCAGGGCAUGGUUCCGGAUUUUUUGUAGCGGUCACAUCCUUUUGUUGAAGGAAUGACGUGCUUGGACAUGAUAUUGUAAGCUAGUUUUCAAUUGGAAAUGGCGAGAGGUGGCAGGGGACGAAGACUUGGAGCCCGUAAGUACAGGUUAACUCCGUACCCAUUACCGUCUUGUCAUCGGGAGGUUUCAGAUAAGGAAUCACACCAGAAGAAAUGUUCCAAUGCAUUGGAGAAAAAGGACUGGGAAGAUGCAAACUGUUCGGUGUGCAUGGAAUAUCCUCAUAAUGCUGUUCUCCUCCUCUGUUCCUCUCAUGACAAGGGAUGCCGUCCCUACAUGUGUGGUACCAGUUAUCGCUAUUCCAACUGCCUUGACCAGUUCAAGAAAGCAUACACCAAAGUAAUGUCACCUCGCUCUGCACAACCAUGGGAUGGAUUGGCGGACAACCAUAACAGUGAUUCAGGGUCUGGUUGGCCCAAUGAGAACUGUGAAGUGAUGGAGCUAGCAUGCCCCCUUUGCCGAGGGCAGGUUAAAGGGUGGACUGUGGUGGAACCUGCACGCGAGUAUCUCAAUGAGAAGAAAAGAAGCUGCACGCAGGAAGAAUGCUCAUUUGUUGGAACUUACAAAGAGCUCAGAAAGCAUGUACGGGCAGUGCACCCAUCAGCACGACCCCAUGAGGUGGACCCUGCGCUUGAACAAAAAUGGAGACGGCUUGAACGUGAGAGAGAGCAUGAUGAUGUGAUCAGCACAAUAAGGUCAUCCAUGCCAGGGGCAAUGGUCCUGGGAGACUAUGUUAUAGAGGGAAAUCAUCGUGGCCUUGGAACAGAUAACGAGGGAGAUGCUGACGAUGAUGGUGGUUAUGAUGUUGAUUUAGGUGACAAUUUUCUUAAUUUAUUUCUUCUGUUCCAUCACAACAUGGGGGGUGUCAACCUUAACACUCGCCUGAGGAGGUUGGAGAGGGGUUACCUCCGCACAUUGGAUGAAGAUGGUCGUGCCGGAAUCACUCGUGUUGCUGCAGCUGGUGGUGCAGGAGAUGAUGAAGAAGAUGAGGAUGAUGAUGAUGAUGGUUCCUUUGCUGGCCGCCGCAGAGGCAGAGUGAUGGAGCUGGGGAGGUCACAGAGGAGGCUUAAUCGUAGAAAUCGGCAGAGAACGGGGAUAAUGUGACCUGAAAGAAUAAUUUUGGGUGGGGGGUGGGGGGGUGGGGGGGAGGAUGCUGUGUAGGAUUACUUGGUAGAAAUCCACAUUUGGCUGUCUUGUCCCCCUCCUCUCAUCGGUACAUUGAUCUCAUUUAUUUGUGGAAUGUCAUGUUAAAAUAUUACUGUUAAAAAUGGAAAAAAGGAUAAAAAGGAUAAUCGUGUUUUCUUUCUA